AUGACGACUAUCCGACCAGCAGACAAGGCCGGCUCAUGGUACGAGAAGAAACCGGAAGAUUUACGCCCUGAGCUGCAAAGCUACCUAACGGCAGUCCCGGAGAGUUUGGACGGAGUUUCACUGCCCAUUCCCGGAGCUCGUGUUAUCAUCGCACCCCAUGCGGGAUAUGCAUAUUCUGGGCCGUGUGCAGCUUGGGCGUACAAGACUCUUGACUUGAGCCAUGCCAAGCGUGUCGUCGUCCUGGGUCCAUCUCAUAGAUACUAUCUCGAAGGAUGUGCUGCCACUAACUUUGAAAAGUAUGCAACACCAUUUGGCGACUUGGAGAUCGACCAGGAAGUGGUCAGAGAGCUCCAGGAGGCCUUAGGAAUGGAGAAUAUGCCCAAACGCCGCGAGAUCGAGGAACACUCUCUCGAGAUGCACAUGCCAUAUCUUUAUCUUCGCUGUCAGGAGUCAUUUGAUUCGCCUGAUAAAUUUCCCAAGAUUGUGCCUGUGCUUGUAGGCAGUAACAACGGGGAUGAGGAGAAUGUUAUAGGACGAGCUUUACUGCCAUACCUCAAAAACCGGGAGAACGCCUUUAUAGUCAGCUCCGAUUUCUGUCAUUGGGGUGGUCAUUUCAGCUACCUACCCUACUCACCCACGAAAAGUCCUUCUGAUCUGACACAGUUGAGAGAGGAAGACCCCAGACCCAGUGGUCCCCCAAUUCACGAGACGAUUAGAGUCAUAGACGAAGCAGCCAUGGAUGCUGUUGAGAGUGGUGUUCAUGAAGCUUUUCUUGCCACUCUGCGACAAACCCGUAAUUCGGUAUGCGGACGACACCCUAUCGGAGUCAUGAUGGCGGCUUUAGAGCAGCUACGCAAGCAGCCCGAGAACAAAGACAAGGGGCGAUUCCGUAUCCUCAAAUAUGACCGCAGCAACUUGGUCGAUACGCCGGGUGAUUCCAGCGUCAGCUAUGUGUCUGCAUAUGCUGUUCUCUGA